AUGCUUUGUUUGUCAGCAAUCCACUCAGCACACUUUGCACCGGAGAAGGUGAUCGAAAUCACAUCAUGGUCACCAGAUUCAUCACCUGCACCAUUACGAUCCCAGAUUCAGAUGCCUAAAAUGAUGAAAAUUGUUAAGGAAGCAUUCAAAGGAAUGAAACGAAAUCCUAAAGCCACGGUCUUUGGUGUUGACUUCUCUAUUGCAGCAACUGAUUCACAGGACGGCAUCCCAGUUCUCAUUAAAAGAUGCGUUGCUGAAAUCGAUAACCGGUGGUUGACUGUUAAGGGAAUUUAUCGAGUCAAUGGCGUCAAAAACAGGGUGGAAAAAUUAUGUACAUUGCUUGACUCUCCGAAUUGUGCAAGAGCUGAUCUUUCUGAACAAAUGCCGCACGAUGUCAGUGGAGUGUUGAAAUUUUUCCUGCGUCAAUUACCUGAACCGUUGUUAUUGCAUCGACUCUAUAAUGAGUUUCUAGAGGUUGCCAAGGAAUACACAGAAGUUGUCAAAGAAAGCAAAAUAGCAGAAUCCGCUCCUCAAACUGGAGAUGAUGCUGAUUUCGAUGAUGAGCGAGUGCAAUCACUCCCUGAGCAAGAACAAGAAGAUAGAACUGUUCGAUUGUUCGCAACUCUUGACAAGAUGCGAGAUGUCAUAGAAAAGUUACCUGACGCUAAUCGAAAUACGCUACAGUUUAUUGUAGCUCAUUUGUCAAGAAUUGCUGGGUUUCACAAUAGUAAUAAGAUGACUGCAAGUAACCUGGCAAUCAUUUUUGGACCAACGUUGUUGAGGCCUGUCCAUGAAGCUGGAAAAGAGCUACAAUCAUUACUUGAUCUGCCAAGUCAAUCUCACGCCAUAGAAAUGUUAAUCACACACAGGAAUCGAAUAUUCGAUACAUAUGCUCAAAAAGCUCGAAUUGAAGAAAAUAAAGAUCAAGUAAAAAACCAAAGCAGCGUUGAGAUUGAUGAAUUCCAGUUGGAAGACAAUCAUGAGGCAGCAGAUAACAGCUCUUCCUCGCCCCAGGACUCAAAAUCACUGCCACCCCCGUCUCAUAUGUCCACUGUCUCCUCAUCAUCGUCCGGCGAUCUUCUUGCAAAUGACCAAGUGCAUUUGACUCUGGAUGGUCAUUCCACCAGUGCGACAUCAUCUUCUGGUGAUAUGUCAGCGAUUGCGCCGGAGGAUUCUGCUCAGUCUGGACAGAAAGACAGUUUUUCUGGCGAUAGCGCGCAGAUCGGCCAAUCGAAUGGUAGCAUGAAUAUGAUUGACGGCGGGAGAACGAUCAUUUCACAUAGCUCUGGUAUAACGAAGAGAUCUUCCCCGAACGGUGUUUCGGGAGAGGGACUCCGUGAUUUCCUUAAUGGACGAAAUACCAUUCGAGUCGAUAUUUCAGACACGCCAUCAACUGCCAACGAACCACACCCUGUCCCCGGCAACACAACAAGCCACCAAUCGAGACCGUCGACACUCCCUUCCGGACGAAGAUCUGGACUUGGGGCCACUUCAGAUGACCAGGGGCACACCAUUACGAAGGGACAUACGUCACCAUCAUCUUUAUCGCCACCGGAGACGGGCCAGUCACGAGCCAGGAGUCCUGGACAAGGAACAGAAUUAAACGAAUCUGGAGAAUUUAUCCCUAUUGCUCCGGUUCGUUCAAAGUCAAAAAGAAGGUCGUCUGAUAAAAAUAAAGCUCCGGACAUACCAGAGAUUCACAAAGCAACCGCAAAACCAGUAUCCCCACAUCGACCACGAAGUACCAAUAUUACUGGUAUAAUAAGCCGUCCACAUCCAGAAAAACAUGACAUCAGUAGUUCCAGUUUGAAUGAGAUAGAUACGCGUAGGGCGAGUGUUGCUGCGUUCCCAUCCACAGAUCCCGUCCCACAGGCAAGACAAAAACGUAGCUCAAUCGCUUCUCUGAUCCAUCCUACAGCAUACAAGUCACGAGAUGAUUCUAAAACGAAAACUUCUCUUACUACAGGAAGACGUUUGCCACAAUUACCGACCACAAAAUCAAAAUCAUCUGCCAGUCCUACUCGUUCCCAUCCCACCAAUAUCCCAGGAAGAACUCCACCUUUUAAUAAGAACCAAACUUGGUCUUUUGCCAAAACAGACAUUGCUAAUAUUAACGCAUCAAAGCAAGAUGGAAAAAAUCUUGGCGUGCAGAAGAAAAUUUUUCUCACCGAUGAAGAAGAGGAAGAAAUAUCUUUUUGCUGAGUUAGAUUUCUAACAGUUUCUUUUACCUUAACUUGUUUAUCUACAGAAUUGUGAGAGAAUCUUAUUAACACCAAAUCUGUAUUUUUUAUUAAAUUCUAUUGAUAUUCUCAUAAUUUAAAAGUUUGAAAAAGGCUUUUUUGUCAUGGUUAAUCUCACUUUAUAUCCAUUAUAUUUGUGUAUUAAUGAUCUUUACUAUGAGAACUAGGAAAUUUUAUGAGGUAAUCUGAUAUUGGGCCACAAUAUUUUUCUAUGCUGGUAAAUGGUGUUCAGCUUGCAAUCAAUAGACCAAAUAAAUAAUUUUUGUCAUUCCACAUAAAAGUAUUUUCAAUUAUUGAUAAAGCAAAGUCAAAGAGUAGAGAAGAAAAAUAUUUUCGGAGAUACCCAAUAUGCUGUCGGAUUCGACAUCAGACAUCUUGAUUCGCUAAUUCAUUCUCGAUGAUAUAAAAUUUAAUAAUCCAUCACACGCAUAAAUCAUGCUCUACAAAUAUUAUAGUCUCGUGUAAUUUUGAAUAUAAACUUUAAGUAUGCAGAUUUUGAAUUUUGGCUCUGAAUCAGUAUCAGCAUUGGAAACUCCUGCUAAAAAAAUUGAUUCCUACAGUCUGAUAUUUUUGCCACAAUGUUUUACCUCAAUAUCAUUUUCCCUGUCAAAAUUCUGUUAAUAGAUCAUAAAAAGUUCCAAGAUGUUUCAUGCAUAUUGUCAGAUGUUUUUAUUAUUAUUUUAUCUGUAAGAAUUCGGUGACCAAAAAUUAUAUUCAUAUAAUUUAUAAAGAACUGAAGUUCAAAUGGCAUGUUGUCAAAAAGCAUAGACUGGUGGCCACCUAUUGUAGUAUUAGAUAUGACUUUAUAUGGGCCAAUACUUUUAAUAUUGUCUAUUCAGCCUUUUAUUGCAUAUAAACAUCAGUGUAAAGUGAAAAUGUCCAUUCCUUUUGACUUUGCCAACCACGUUCUCAUCAUAUUAAUGCUUUUAUUGUUUGCAUAAUUUUAGUAAAUUCCCAUCCAUAGCCCAAAUUGCCUUUCCCAGUUAAAUAUUAUUUACAUUAUCUGAUAAUAUUAUCGUUGAUUUCUGUUAUUGAUAUAUUUUCACUCAUUAUUUUUAUAUUCUUACCAUAUUUCUUCUCUAUCCUAAUUAUUUCUUAUACACGAAUCUUACUUUUCAUAUGAAUUGUGAGCUAUGGCAUCGCUUGAGGAAAUCGUGGAUAUCGUCAGAAAAUUUUAAUAAAAUAACCUCAUGUGCACAAUCCUGCACUCCAGAAGUGUGUGUAUCAAUUUGGAGUUAACUAAUUUUGUUAGCUUACUUUGCAUCAACUUGUGUAAAGGAACGGAAUCCUAUGGGCAGGGUGUGUGUUCACUUGGCCAACACCAACAGUCCCUGAACUCACAGUAGAACUAGGAUAAGGAAAAUCAGAAUAAAAUUAUGACCUAAGCCUAACCUGGUACACACACUAUGGGAGUACCAACAAUCCUGCUGAUAUUAUUUAAAAACUGUUUUCCUCAAAAUUUGUAUUAUAUCUCGAUUCAAACCUAAACAGGGAUUGUUAAAAGUGUUAUUGGGAAGGUGUUUAACAAAUUUAACAGAGUCCACAUAUCCCGAGGCAGAUACCUGCUGUACUUCUUAUGUAAGACCCUUUUUCGCCUAGUUACUAAUUUAAAAAAAUCAGUGUGCUUCUGCCAUAGAUUUUUUGACUUGAAACUAUGAUGUAUUGAGUGACUAACGAUGCCAGCCACAGCUUUCAUUAAUAUGUGUUACUUUUUCUGGUUCAUUGUCGCUAUUUUGCAAGCAGUAUUUUCUAUCGCAGUGUUUAAAUAAAAAAGUUGAUGUUACCGCCCAAAUCUAGUUUAAUGCCUGAUUGUAAUGUUUUUAAAUGUUUAUUUUAGCAAAUAUUUUCUUCUUCAUUAUGAUAGUGGUAGUAAAUAGCAAAUAUGUAUCGUUAUUCGUUUGGAUGAUACUUUCAUUCAUAUUCAUACAUAAAUAUGCAUCUUAUAAGCUGCAUCAGCUUAUGUAGAAUCCAUUUUACAACUCUCUUGGGCUUUUUUGAUUUGAUCAUGGUGCUAUUUAUUGCAAAAAUAUUUCUACCAUCUACUUUUUCAGAUGGAAUUUUUCUGCAACCUUAGAUAUUCAUUUGGCCUUGGUUCUGAUAUAUACAAUAAAAUUGGCAUUACUGAUUGGCUGCAUACAAACCAUAGUUACCAGUAUUUCCAACAAAUAAGAUUGGUUUAGAUUGUGGGUCUUUGAUGUCUGGAUAUUUUAUUUGCAUACUUCGGUCUUGCAACACCCUAUAAAUGUUUUCUGCAUUUGAUUUGUUUAUGUUGUUUGAAGCCAGUGCAUUACUGGAUAUUCAAAGCUUCUAAUAAUGUCUUAUUUAUGAUUUUUUGACUAAAAGGAGGAUUUCAGUGUUUGAAGUUAUAAGAAUGUUGGAUUGGGCAUCAUUCAUUGAUUUUAGUUUAUGAAGUUAUCAGUGUUUAAUUGGUCGCCGUCCCGCGAAAUAAACACAUUUGAUAUAUGCUUCUUUCA